UCUUUAACAAGGGGGUCUUGGCGAGGAGGCCUAGCUGUGAAACGGGUACUUGUUGGGAGAAGUGACAGAUAUCUUGCAGUCUUUGACUUGACGUCACUAGGGUGGGCCUUUUACGUGUAGUUGAUGGACGAGACCCCUUAUGCGAAGCAACAAGCUGCCCAUCUGAUGCAGUGUACACGAUAAGGGGGGCUAUUGCGUAACUUGAGAGGCAGCCCUCUGUGACCUGUGAAAUCAGACAUGGAGUCUGAACCUCAUCCGGUAACCGUCGGCAACCUGAUUAGGACCGUUCUACACUGAUCUUCAAAUCAGUCGAGGAAAAGGCACAAGAAUGGCGCUCCUCAGAGACUUCACGACUCAGGGCUCCAGAAUGGAUCCCGAGCGUCUCUUCACCAAGCUGGAGCGGAUUGGUAAAGGCUCCUUUGGAGAGGUAUAUAAGGGCAUAGAGAAUCACAGCAAAGAGGUAGUUGCAAUCAAGAUCAUUGACCUGGAAAAGGCAGAAGAUGAAAUCGAGGACAUACAGCAGGAGAUCACAGUGCUGAGUCAGUGCGAUAGCCCGUAUAUCACCCGCUAUUAUGGCUCCUACCUCAAGGGGUCUAAGCUUUGGAUUAUUAUGGAGUACUUAGGAGGGGGAUCUGCUCUGGACUUGCUGAAACCAGGUCCUCUUGAAGAGUCCUAUAUUGCCACCAUGCUUCGUGAAAUCCUAAAGGGUCUGGAUUACUUGCACUCAGAGAGGAAGAUCCACCGUGACAUUAAAGCUGCAAACGUGUUGCUUUCAGAGCAGGGAGAUGUAAAGUUGGCCGAUUUUGGGGUAGCUGGUCAGCUAACUGACACUCAAAUAAAGAGGAACACUUUUGUGGGCACUCCAUUCUGGAUGGCGCCAGAGGUCAUUAAACAAUCCGCCUACGACUUCAAGGCUGAUAUUUGGUCUCUGGGAAUCACUGCAAUCGAGCUAGCUAAGGGAGAGCCCCCGUAUUCUGACCUCCACCCCAUGAGGGUCUUGUUCUUGAUCCCCAAGAAUAACCCCCCAACACUGCAGGGACAGCACAGCAAACCAUUUAAAGACUUUGUGGAGGCCUGUUUGAACAAGGACCCCCGCUCUAGGCCUACCGCUCGUGAACUAUUGAAGCAUCGCUUUAUCUUAAGAUACACCAAGAAAACCUCCUUCCUCAUGGAGCUUGUAGAAAGAUACAAGCGUUGGAAAGCCCAGGGUCACCGCGAUGACUCUAGUUCGGAUGACUCUGACAUGGAUAACGAAGACGAAAGGAAUCAAAACCACGCUCCCCACUGGUCCUUUCCAGAGACGGUGCGGCCCUCGUCAAUGAGCAGAAUGCAGUGGGGGUUCCAGCAGCAGCCGGCAGAAGUGAUUAAACGUCUCCCGCGGUCACACUGUUUGUCGGCACUAGUAACGCCUGUCUUUCGGGAGUUACGGGAGCAGCGAUGUGCGGGUGCCUUUGGAUCGGUGCAGGAGCUGGAGAACGCCUUUAGCCUGGCCGAGGAGUCGAGUCCUGGGAUCACCGACCAGCUCAUCGCUCACUUGGUAAAGCGAGUGCAAAGAUUCUCCACAGCUCAGUGAAAAUAAACCCUACGGGCACCCAGUUUCCACAUCCCCACCUCAACUGUGAUAAAAGUGACAUCCAGACCAUGGCAUUACUUUUAAAAUGUUUAUUUUUUUUUUAACAAUAUUGUAACAAAGUGUUUACCAACAGUCCUGAUGAGCCAGUAUGUUAUGUACAAAAAUAAACUGACAUUUCAUUCAUACAAA